ACACUUCAUGAAGGAGCCUCACUUCUCAUACAAUGAGGUCGGAGCAUCGAAAGAUAUCUUGAUAAGUGGCGUCGAACAGAAGGGACAGGAGCAACGCGCAAUCACCUGGAUUUUAGGCAUCGUCUGCAACGACUUUGCUCCUUUUGUCGUCAGAUCUAGGAGACUCAGGAUGCUGUUACGGUCUCUGAGACACAUUUUUCCUACCGCAAAGAUUGCGAGCGGCAGUAACCAUAGAAUUUGUUUGGAGGUCAUUGUCGCCAUGGCGGAAGCACUGCCUCCUGAUACACGCGUAUUCGUCUUUGCACGCUUCGCAAAUGUCAUUGGCCGUACUGAGGCUGUACAUCUGGACGAAGAGGUCUUCAACGUCCCGUACAACUUGGCCGCCGGCAUCAAAUUUGUUGGGGUCUGUGCAGAAGCCUCUCCUGAUUCAGUGGGACCCCACAGCUCAGGAGCUUAUUGCCGAUCAUCGAUUUCCGCUUUGGCUACGGUGACGCUCUCCGAAGGCAAUCCCGAGCUCUUCUUUGAUGCCACACGCUGGCGCAAGACGGCCCUCACCAAUACCUUUCUUCAUAUCACUCGAGGGGAGAGGCUAUCCACGCUGAAAAAUCUCACCUGGAAACAGAAUUUGAUUCUGGGUACAAGCGCUGCCUCUGCAGCAGCAGAAGCUACGACUUUCAAACUCUUCGGUUCUGGGUACUUGACCAUGGGAUGGCACACAGUCUCGAAGAGCUCCCAAUGCCUGAUCGGAGUGAGCCCUGCCAUGGUGCUACUUUCGCUUCCUGGGGCCGUCUCACUCGGGGCACUCGGCUACGACCGCCUCACAAGUGAUCACGUCUGUCUCCUCAAUGGCAGCUCCGAUAGCAAUCGCCCCGUCAAGCUGUCCAAGAAGCUACUGGAUGAACUAAAGCAGUACGCACACACAUACUUCCUGACCUUCUCGGACAGCUUUGGCCCAGUACAAGGCCUGUCGGCCCCUAUUGCUUGAAGGUGAAGGGCUGUAAAGCCAUGCUUGGUAAUAUACGCGUGUGAUCGUUCUGCAGGUCUGUGUCGUAGUCCGUCAAUCUACCCAGUCUUCACCCCUUAGCGCUUCUCCCGUUGCGCUAACAGCUUCUUCUACCGCC